UAUACACCAAGCGUUCCCAGUUAAAUGCCAGGAGCGGACCCUCUGCUUGUGCAUCUCUCGCGCAUACAGCCGUACCACAGAACGCGCUCACCCACGCGCCCGCUUGCCGGUCUCCUCUCGUGCCAGCAGCGGACCCUGAAGGUGCAGGCUCGCGGACAGGGAAGGGGGCGCAGGAAUCGGGACUAAAGCUGACUGACUUCGCGUUGUUCGAGGAACACAGACGCACGAAGAGACUUACCACGUUUCUUCAUUAAAGACACACAAGGCGGGAUGGCGAAAGAGACGACAGGAAAAGCUUCUGCACGCAAGUACAGCGCCUCCCACUGGCGGAUGCAGAACAUCGCGCAAGAGUCCAUCGACAGCUCCGAUGAGGAGUUUUUUGACGCUAGAGCAGAGGUUCUGGAGGGAAAGAGUGCCAUGUUGCUGGGAAUGAGCCAGUGGAACUCCAACGACCUGGUGGAGCAGAUUGAAACCCUGGGCCACAUGGAGCGCUCUCAAGAGGGCCUGUACCGCCUGGGGCGUCCUCGCUGUCCGCCCCAGAGUAGCAUGGAUGGGUUGGAGGACAUGGAGAAGAAGUGCAAGACCCACCUGCUGAUUCUGGUGGUGCAUGGAGGCAACAUCCUGGACACGGGGGGCGGGGACCCGGGGGCGAAGGCGGGAGACGUGGCGACGCUGGCCUCCGUGCUGGAGAAGGUGGCACAGGCACACUUCCAGGCUGCCGCUGACCAUGUUCUCAUCAAGCUGGUGCCCUGCCCUGCGGUGUGUUCAGAGGCCUUCUCCCUCGUCUCCAACCUGAACCCGUACAGUUACGACGAGAGCUGCCUAUCUAACAGCGUGGACCACCUCCCGCUGGCUGCCCUGCCGCUCUUGGCCAUUGCAGCGCCGCACUACCAGGACGCCGUGGCUACCGUGAUCGCCCGCGCCAACCAGGUCUACCACAGCUUCCUGCAAUCCCCGGAUGGGCUGGGCUUCAUGGGACAGGUGUGUCUGAUGGGUGACUGCGUCGGGGGGGUCCUGUGCUUCGACGCCCUGUGCUUCAGCAGCAGCCAGCGCCAGGGAAGCCCGGGUAACAGCAGCAGGAACGACAGCACAGAGAGUCUGAAGGAUAACCCAGGCCAUUUGGGAAAUGCCAGCCCUAGCCUGAGCGCCAGUAAGAGACUCAGCAAGAGCAACAUUGACCUCUCGGUGCCCUGUGACAACACCGCCAUGACCAGACGUCCUCUGUGCAGGAAGCAGAGCGACUUGUCCAACAGCCAGCACAACGUCUUCUUCAGCAGCCUGUUGCAAGAGGAGGAUGGUCUGCGUCCGGGCAGCAGCUCCAGCCUGGCGCUGAACCCUGGCCACUUUGACUUUGAGGUGUCUGAUUGUUUCCUGCUGGGCUGCCCACUGGGACUGGUCCUGGCUAUGAGGAAAACUGUGCUGCCUGCUGUCUCAGCAACCCAGCUCCGGCCUGCCUGCUCCCAGAUCUUUAACCUGUUCUACCCGUCGGACCCGUCCGCCUCUCGGCUGGAGCCCCUGCUGCACCCCAACUUCCACCAGCUGCCUCCGUUUGCUGUGCCUCGCUACCAGCGCUACCCCCUGGGGGACGGCCGCUCUACCCUCAUAGCUGACACCAUCCACAGCAACCCUGCCGUGUUCUUGGAGGGGGGGUCCAGUCCGAGGACCGUCCCACCCCGCUCCCCCCCUGACCUGGGUGGUGGCGAGCAGGUGGGAGGAGGCCCCCGCAGGUCCAGCCUGACCAGCAUCGACAGUGACACCUUUUCUGUGGGCCAGCUGGCUGGCGGCAUCGCUAACAUCUCUAGCACCUGGUGGGGGUCCAAGCGGUUGGACUACGCUCUAUAUUGCCCGGAUGUUCUUACCGCCUUCCCUACAGUAGCUCUGCCCCACCUCUUCCAUGCCUCCUACUGGGAGUCCACUGAUGUUGUGGCCUUCAUACUCAGACAGGUGAUGCGGUGCGACUGUCUGACAGCCCGGGAGGUGGACGGCUCAGACUCGGCCCCCUUCUCUCCCUCCAGCCCUCGGGAGAAGUGGCUCCGCCGACGGACCCACGUCAAGCUGCGGAACGUCACCUCCAAUCACAGAGUGAACGAUGUCAUUGCGACCGAGGACGGCCCACAGACGCUGGUCGGCCGGUUCAUGUACGGACCCCUGGACAUGGUGACUCUGACAGGAGAAAAGGUGGACGUGUUCCUGAUGACUCAGCCACCCUCGGGGCGCUGGGUGCACUUCGACACGGAGGUGACCAACAGCAGCGGACGGGUGGCUUACACCAUCCCCCCGAGCAAGAAGCUGGCUGUGGGCGUGUACCCCAUCAAAAUGGUGGUCAAGGGUGACCAGUCCAGUGCGGAGGCCUUCCUCACAGUCCUCCCAAAGGGGAUGGAGUGUGUGGUGUUCAGCAUCGACGGUUCGUUCGCUGCUAGUGUCUCCCUCAUGGGCAGUGAUCCCAAGGUCCGCCCCGGAGCUGUGGAUGUCGUCAGACACUGGCAGGACCUGGGUUACCUGAUCAUCUACAUCACGGGCCGGCCGGACAUGCAGAAACAGCGUGUGGUGUCCUGGCUGUCGCAGCACAACUUCCCUCAGGGCAUGGUCUUCUUCUCUGAGGGACUGGUGCAUGACCCGCUGCGCCAAAAAACCAUCUUCCUGAGAAACCUAGUCCAGGAGUGUCACAUUAAGAUCGGUGCAGCCUAUGGAUCCAUGAAGGACAUUUCUGUUUACAGCAUGCUGGGUCUGAGUCCUACUCAGAUAUACAUUGUGGGAAGGCCGUCUAAGAAGUACCAGAAUCAGUGCCAGUUUCUGAGCGAGGGGUACGCGGCCCACCUCUCCUCCCUGGAGUUUGGCCACAGGGCCCGGUCGAAGAAGACGUCCUCCACGCGGAUGGUUCUCCGCAAGGGCUCCUUCGGCCUGUCCGCCAAGCCGGACUUCCUGUGCAAACGGACGCACCUGCGCAGGACCAUGUCCGUGCAGCAGCCCGACCCACCCUCCACCCCCAACCCCAAACCGGAGCGCGCCCAGAGCCAGCCCGAGUCCGAGCCCAAGGACGGCGGUGGCGGCGGCGGCGGGGGCGGAGCUACGCCCGGGGUCUGGACGCGGGGGUCCAUGCACCGCGGAGACACGACGCCCUGAGGGAGGGUAGAGGAGAGAGGGAGGACGGGGCGUCCUGGGAUUCAGGGCCAAGCAAUUGCACCUAAAUGGAAUAUAUUUUGGACUUUUUUUUAAAUCCAGAGUGGUGUUCAUUAAAUGACCUAUCGGGCAACAUGGGUCUGGAUGGGGCUUUAGACCACUUGUGCAACAAAAUGGUUUGUCAGGGUUCUUUCUCGUCCAAAGUUUAUUUCUCAGUAGUUGUUACACAUUCUGGUCAAUUUGUCCCUGCUGGAAACCAGGUAACGCCUCAGUGUAUGAUACCCAGAACACUAAUCCCAUCCUACGGAGGCGGCGUUUGGCACCAACCAGUGACUUCUUUCAGUCCCACGGGGGAAGAGCGAGGAGAUUGACUCUCCGCGGCAGGCGCAAAGGAAGAGAAGAAGAAACCAGGUGGGAGGCAGAACAGAGGAACAGAGAGAAGAGGCAAGGCUGAAAAGAAACCCCCUGAAACCCCCUGAAUCCCCCUGAAGCUCCUGAAGCUGAGGAAACACGAUGCCGGGCUCAGCGCGCGAAGACCCUGAGACCGGCUCCAGCUGAGACCAUGACCUGUCUGACUGACAGAAGGCACUGCUGAC